AUGGAAGUCGCCGCGGAUGGAGACGAGACGCUCGGGAUCUUCGAGGUCGGCUUCUCGUCGAUCGCUCGAUUCCCUUCGCCUCUCAUCGGUCCAGCGAAGCCUCGAGGCCAGAGCCCCACGUUCGUGGGCCGUCGGGACUCGUCGACCGAAGACGAGUGGAAACUCUUUCUCGAUCGAUUUGGGAGCCACCGCGAUGCUCGAGACAGCGCUCUGAUGAAUUUCUUCCAGCGAUACCCUCGUGCGAAUGACGUCGGCUAUCCACAUGGCUUCGCCUGCAGCAGACUUAAUACUCGUAACGAUUUCCCAUAA